UCGAUCUGUAGAAAACACAUUUAAAAAACACAAAUACGUAAUGUUCGUUAUUUAGUUCCUAACAGGGCGUGUCUUCCGGAAGGGGGCGUGUCUGUCUCGCUGUUCCGCAGAGCUCCAUCACGGUGAACGCAGGAUGGAGCAGAUGUUCGGCCGCUCCAGCGCUCCGCCUGGCCCGGUUCUGCAGGUGUGUUUCCCAAGCGCCCGCGCCUCCGUGCUGGAGAACCUGAACCGGCAGCGGGAGGAGGGCCAGCUGUGCGACCUGUCCAUCCAGGUGCAGGGACAGGUGUUCCGGGCACACCGCUGUGUCCUGGCCGCCUCCUCACCUUACUUCCAUGACCAGGUUCUGCUUAAGAACGUCACCACAGUGUCUCUGCCCUCCGUCAUGGACCCUCUGGCCUUCGAGAGUGUUUUAAACUCUGCAUACACCGGCCAGCUCAGCAUAGUGCGUGACGACAUCAUCAACUAUGUCACUGUGGCCAGCUUCCUGCAGAUGUGGCACAUCGUAGACAAGUGCACGGAUAUCCUCAAGAGGUCGCGACCCCUAGCGCAGAUCAGCCCCGGCGGCGCCACCUCGUCUAGUCACCAGUCGCCCAGUAGCUCAGACUGCUGCUUCGCCGAUCCAGAGGACGCAACGACCGAACAAACUCUGGAGAAAAGACCACACAGCGCACUGCCACCGCUGGCCACAUGGAGGCGUCCUCAGCAGAACCGGUGGAGUCGAAGCACCCUGACGUUCCCCCUGCGGCCGGAUUCCGAAUGCGGCUCAAAUGCAGCAGGCGUUCAUGGAUGCAGCGCUGCGCCUCUGCCGUCACUCGUCAGCCCGCCAGAGUUAGAUUUCGCCGCGAGGCACCGAAUAAGAGUUCGCCUACGCGGAGCAAAAGAAGAGGAGGAGCAGCGGAGGAUGGAGGCGGAUGAAGGAGUGGGAGAACCCUCGCAGGAGGACAGAGUGAGGGUGAAGAAUGAGGAGCACCAGGCCGGAGUCGCCGAGCCGGACGGCAGCCUCAGAGAAAGCGAGAGCAGGGAGUCGCUGCAGGAGACAGAUGGACUGUGGCAGAGCGUCACCGAAUGGCCGCUAGAUGACAAAGUGCUGGACGAGGACGACAAAACGGAUCUCUCCUUCGAGACCUAUGAUGAAAUUGAGAAGGCAACGGGGCAGAUUUCACAGCGCCCCCUGCUGCCGUCCGAGCUGUCCUGGGUCUCGCAGUCGUCCUCGUCCUCCCCGUGCUCUCCUCUCUCUGCAACGCCUAAAGUCCACUUCUGUCACUGCGGCAAAGCGUACACGCUGAAGAGCAUGCGCGACCGCCACGUCAAAAUGCAGCAUCUGAACCUGCGACCGUUCAGCUGCCCCGUCUGCUCCAAGAGCUUCAAGAUGAAGCACCACCUGACUAAACACGUCAAGACACACGGAGGCCUGCGGCCGUACGAGUGCAGCGUCUGCGGAAAGAAGAUCGUCUGGAGGGACAGUUUCCUCAAGCAUCAGGCACGCUGCCAGCGGACGCCCGAGACCAGUGCAGAGUCUGGUGGCCAGCAGGAGGAUGCAGACGGAGCCGGACAAGUGAAGGUGGAGCAGGACGACUAUUCGUUACAGGAAGAGGAAAUGCACUCUUAAAAGUAAAGGUUCCACGGGCUUAUAAAGCACUGACAGAACAGGGUGUCUGAUCUUGCUUUUAAUAGGGGGGCAGUGACUUUUUGGGCACUUAAAUCCGGCUCACGCUGUGCAGUUUUUAACAAUCCUAAACGAUAGAUCUAAAAUCUUCUGAAUCUGCCUGAACUCCUUCAGAGGGAAAAUCUGAUGGCAACGACCAUCAAGAGGCUGUAGGUGAACAUGUCAAGCCAAUGAUCAGAGAGCACAGAUCUUAGCCUAGAAUUACAGCAAGCUUUCAGGAUUUGCCUAAUUUGUACAACCAAAUCAUGUCUGAAAUUGCACACCGUGAGCAGAACUUAAGCUAAUCAAGGGGGACCCUAGAUAGAAAAAUCACCUUCUAGUAGAGUAGUGUUUAACGGGAUCCACCAUGACUGUUCUGCAGAGUUUGCUCGAACCAGCUUAAAGAGCAGAGGUGCCAAACCCAGACCUGAAGGGUUGAUGUCCUGGAGACUUUAGCUCCAACUACCAUCAACACACCUGCCGGGAAGAUUCCAGUUUGGUCUUGUUCAAGGGUGCCCAAACUCAGUGCUGGAGGGCCGCUGUCCCCAUAGUUUAUCUAAAACUUUCCUCAACACACCUCUCUGGAGGUUUCUAGUGUUCCCAGUAACUGCUUGAUUAGCUGGUUCAGGAGUUUCUUAGUGGGGUUGGAGGUAAACUCUGCAGGACACGGGCCCCCCAGAACUGAAUUUGGGUACCCCAGCUCUAGAAACACCUCUCUGGAGAUUCCAGUAUAGACUAGCUCAGGGGUGUCAAACUCAAUUCCUGGAGGGCCGAAGCCCUGCACAGUUUAGUUCCAACCCUGCUCCAACACACUUACCUGUAGGUUUCAAACAAGCCUGAAGGACUCAAUUAGUUUGAUCAGGUGUAUUUAAUCAGGGUUGGUACUAAACUGUGCAGAGCUGCGGCCCUCCAGGAACUGAGUUUGACACCUGUGGUCUAGCUCAAGGGGUUCCAAAUUGUCCUGGAAAUGCCACGGUCCUGCAUCUAACCUAAACACAUCUAUCUGAAAGCUUCAAGUAUGACUAUUAAGAUCUUAAUUAGCUGGUUCAAGUGUGUCUAGUUGGGGUUGGAGGUAAACUCUGCAGGAGACGGCCCGUCAGAACAAAGUGUGGCCAACCCAGCAUUAAUACCAUGGUCUACUUCAAACAGAAAAGCAGAAUGUCUUGAAUUGACCUCAUUCCAACAAAAUCUGGCCAAAACGAAGUUCAGUUUGAGUCUGGGGGAGUUCAUUUUGGCUCCUAAAACUAUAGAGCUCCCAUUGGUCUGUGAUGAUUACACAGUUAGUGGUUGUAAACUUCUUUGACUUGCGAUUAAUUUGUAUCUCAUAUCUACAGAGGUCAGACAGCAGAACAAAAUCAAACACAGCAAGCUUGAACACACUGGAGGGUGGAGUAGCAGAGCUGGUGCGGAUAUAUCUGCACCUGUACGAUCUCUCGCAGGAGAGAUUUAAAGACUCGCAGAGGCUCACACACUGGCAUUUAAAUAGAUUUGUCUGAAGUAUACCAGGACCCUUUAGUGAAUCUGAAGCCCUCGUCUUGCUGUGUUUAAUUAGGGUGAGAGCUAAUCUCUCCAGGUCACAGUGGUUUUCCAGGAACAAGUUUGAACAACUCUGCCAUAGAAGAACCUUUAUUGGUUGGCCAAACAAUCAACCUGAUAAAAGAACCACAUUUAGGGUGUGGUCAGAUUAGUGAAUUUCUGCAUGUAACAUCAGGUUCCUUGUCUUUUGUCAGUAUUAGAAGCACUUUUAAACCUGUGUGGCGAUCGUGGUUUACCAGCUGGAACAUGAUGGAAAUCUGUGCAGGGAGUUUUGCACCAUCAACUCGUGCACACCGAGGAUUAUGGCAUGUUUGGCAGAUCGUGACUUAACUGAUGCUGAUGUGUGCGUGCACACUGAUGCGCAAGACAAACGUAAAGUGACAUUUAAUAUGUAAAUAUGUUUCUGCCUCAUUUUUAUUAUAAGUUUGAUGCGCUGCGUUAAAAACUGGUGGACCAAUGAGAUUGCUGCUUUUGUCGUGCAUUGAGCUGUUGAAGGUACAGUAUAAAAACACUUGGUGGCGUUUAAGCAAAAAACACUCUAGCCGAGCUGAUUAAAGAGGAUUUACAUCAUGUCAUUUUCUUUCAUGAUGUUUUAUCACUUACUUUUACCGCUUUAACAUUUUACCGCCAACUUUAGUGCACGUGUUUGUGUGCUGUAGUUGAGGAGGAUAAACAGAAGAGGAAAAAUGUAUGCUAUAAAUACGCAAGGAGAAGUUCUGAGAGUGACGACUUCUGCGCAGCAAGCGAGUGUCUGAACAGUAAAGUUGCGCAGCGCCACCUUGUGUACUGGAGUAUUUCUGUUUUUCAUUAACAGUGGAAACUGAUUUGGCAAAAAAAUGUCUAGAAAAGUACUGGCGAUAAGCAAGAGAGAUCCACAUCCUGGUGUGCACGAGGCUUGACACAAAACCCGAAAUUAACCAGAGAUAAUAAACCAGAAAGUAUUUCUACACUUCAAAUAACAAGCCACGUCUACUUAUUCUGUCAUGUACAUGAUCUUUCUCCAUCAGGGCCUUCAGUCGGAUAUUUUUAAAAUCUAACAGGUCAUUCAGUUAAUGUGUUUUUCUAUUUAAAUUAACAAAAAGAAGAAUUCUAGUCACGUGAGAUGCAGCCAAAUAUGUAAAUAAUCAAUCAAAAAACGUGUGUUUUUCUCCUCCGGAUCUGAAAGAUUCUUCAACAAUGCCAAUAGAGAACCUUUAUUUUUAAGAAUGUAGAUAUAUCAGCGGAGAUCAGUGUUCAUUUGUCCACUAAUGAUCCACAUAUGUAGCAGUACUGAAAAUAUUCUGGAAGCACUCGUUAAAAAAGAAAACCGAGAUGUUCUGUGUGCGUUCCAGAGGUGUUUAGCUGAUCGAUGUGUUUAUUUAUGCACACAAACAUGCAAAGUUUGGUUAACCCGCCUUAACUCGCCCAUUAGCAUCUGUUGUGUUUGAUUUGUCCGUCAGAGUUCAGAAUUAGAGACUGAACACACCUAGACUGUAUAUAAUCAUAAUAAUGCAGUGUUUUUAUACUGUCAAUAAAGGCGUUUUAUUAAGAUCA